AGGACCGUCACAUGGUCACAUGUCUGAGCUCACGCGCCCCGCCCUCUUGUCACAGCAUGUCCAAUCAGCUGCGAGAAAGAAGCCGACACUUCCUGUUCUCUUUCACGGACGACGAUGAUUUGGACUGCCCUGAUUGGGUACUAGCCGAGAUUAGCACAUUAGCAAAAAUAUCAAGCGUCAAAAUGAAACUGCUUUGUGCUCAAGUAUUAAGGGAUUUACUUGGAGAGGGUAUUGAUUAUGACAAAGUUGCCAAACUAACAGCUGAUGCAAAGUUUGAGAGUGGAGACAUCAAAGCGAGCGUGGCUGUGCUCAGCUUUAUUCUGUCCAGUGCAGCGAAGCACAAUGUCGACAGUGAAUCUUUGUCCAGUGAGCUGCAGCAGCUUGGUCUACCUAAAGUGGGCCGACUGGACUCUGUGUCCUGGCGCGUUGACUACACACUCAGCUCCAGUGAGCUGAUGGAGGUGAAUGAACCUUUGAUACAGCUCAAACUGCAGACACAAGGAGCACAGCCGGGCUCCACAGAGACUACGAUUGUCUCCGUCUCUGCCGACAAGUUCAGAGUCCUGCUUACUGAGCUCAAACAAGCCCAGGCCAUGAUGAAUGCGCUACAUCUCAUUAAUUACUGCAAAAUGCCGGAGGGACCAGAGCUGCACCUGGCCAGCCAGUAUGUGAAUAGGAUGUGCGAUGGAGUGGUGUUCAGUGGACCGGUCACUAAGUCUGAGGUCAGCAAGAGCCCUGAAGUGCCCUUCACCUGUGAGGCGUACCGCAUCACGGCCACUUCCAGAGGGAAGGAAGUGAAGCUCACGCUGACCCCCAUCAAGAGCGAUGAUCCCAAACGGAGGGGAAAGGGUGGACAAGCAGACGGACCCAUGGACGUCGUCUUCCGCUUUGGGAUGUCGGGUUAUUUCCGCCUCACUGCAGAGGAUGAGCUGCCCAAACAUGCCCAUCUGCGUUUCUACACCAAAGAGAAGCCCUGCAGGGUGCUGAGCUUUGUAGACGCACGCAGGUUUGGGAGCUGGCAGCCCGACGGGAUGUGGCAGCCCGACCGAGGGCCCUGCAUCAUGUUUGAGUACAAAAGCUUCAGGGAGAAUGUUCUGUCACACCUAUCUGAUCGGGCUUUUGACCGCCCUAUCUGCGAAGUGCUGCUGAAUCAAAAGUACUUCAAUGGAAUCGGGAACUACCUUAGGGCGGAAAUCCUUUACAGGUUGAGUAUCCCACCCUUUGUAGCUGCACGGGCUGUGCUUGAAAGUCUAGAUGUGGAUGAUUUGCUGGAGGAAGAGAAACCUUUGAAAAAUGAAAUGCUGGACAAAAAGAUUUCCAGAGGAGCUAAAAAGAAAGGAGUGGAACAAGAGAUGGGGGACCUGCUCAGGCUUUGUCACACAGUACCUCUAGAAGUGGUCAGUCUAGGUGGUAAGGGCUACGACCCAGAGAAAGCAGACUAUUCCUCCUUUCAGGCAUGGUUGCAGUGCUACUAUGUGGAUGGAAUGAAAUCCAUUCGGGAUCACAAUGGCAGAACUAUGUGGUUUAAGGGAGACCCCGGCCCAAUGGCACCAAAAGAAUCAAAGUCCCCCAGGGCAAAAAAGAGAAUAAAGAAAGAAAACGACCACGAUUACACAGACAAGAAAAAGGUGACCAGAGUUCAGCCAGACAGUGCCACCAAAAAGAAGGCGGUCAAACUGGAAGGUCCGACCAAAACUCCAAAGAGAGAGAAGAAAACACGUCCAACAAAAGCUGAACUGAAGAGAGGAAAGGCCGAAAAGACCCAGGAGGAAAACGCCCCGCAGCGCUUCACAAGAUCCAAUUCACGUCAGGGGAAAACCAAAAGUGCAGAGCCAGCUGCAGGUAACCAGAGAAGAACUAAGAGAGGGACCAAGAAGGAUUAGUCACAAACACCAAGGGGCACCACUACUGUACGGGACAAGUUUAUACUUUUAUAAUUUGCAAUAUUUUUCUAAAAUAAAGCAGUUUUAAUAAAAUAAAAAAUGUGUUGUACAAA